AUGGUGGCGUUGAAGUCUGUCAUAACAUCGACAUAUGAAUUAACACUCAUACCAAUGACUUCUACGCCAACGAUCUUAUCGAGCUCAUUACCCAUCAGUAACUGUUCGUUGUUCGAUCGUGUCUAUACGAAUAGUUAUUUGUUCUUCAAAUUUCUCAAUUCGCAUUACUUACGUAUAUUGAUCGGUCCAGGCGUCUUACUCAAUGCACUCUGUUUGAUUGUUCUUUCACGACCAAGAUUAUCAAAUAAAUCCACGACGAUAUUUUUCUUACGUUUCCUCGCUAUUUUCGAUACCUUGGCCAUUACGCUCAAAUACAUUCGCGUCGAGUUGAACUACCAAUCUACUAUUAAAAGAAGAGAGAUCUUUUUUAUCACGAGUGCUUUCUGUAAAGCAUUAUAUGUAUGUAUGAACACAUGCAUCUCAAUUGCCAUGUGGACAAUCGUUUUGAUGAGUGUUGAUAAAGCGAUUGCAGUUAUUCAUCCAUUGAAAUCAAGUAUUUGGCUAACGCAAAAGCGUGUUUCCUAUAUAUGCUAUGCGACAAGUCUACUUCUUUUCUUGGCGAACUUACCUUUCAUUUCGUUUGCCACACAAAAUGUUACUGGAGGCAAUUUAAAGUCAUGUGGAUUAGAUGAUGAAAAAGAUCCUUUGGUACUCGAUAUUAUAACUGCAUCGAUACUACCAAUUGCUUUAAUUACAGCUGCAAAUAUAGUCAUAGCCGUUACUCUGCAUCGGGUGUCUCGUACUUCAAUUAAUUGGUCACGAAAGGAUCGUAAACCUGAUUCACAAAAUUCAGAGUUAGAAAUCUUAAGGGUCAAAAAUCCAUCGACAUUCGGUCGUCAACAAACAUCGCCAACGGUUUCGCUGACAACAGAUGUAAGUCAGGCAUCCAAACGCCGUCAUACCAGUACCCAAGUAACCAGAAUGCUCUUUGCCGUUACUGUUUCAUUAAUUCUUUUCAAUUUACCUAACACUGCCAUGUUUUUCUUUACGAAAAAAAAAGAUACAAAAGGUAUAUUACGAGAUCGUGACUGCAAGGAGAUUAGUGACGAUGAAAUAAGCUUAUAUCAAAUUAGUUUUUAUACCAGUGUGACACAAGAUAUCCUGUCUGAUUUACCACACAUCGUGAAUUUCUUUCUCUAUUGUCUAGCGGGACGGAAAUUUCGCAGUAUUAUACUUGAUGAAAUCCAAUAUUUUCUUAGUGAACUCCAUCUAAUUCGCCGGCGACAAACCCGAUCGAAUCAUACGUAUUACGUCACGAGUACUGAAUAUUUGAGUGGACCAAAUCUCAAUCGAACACAAGAGCAUUUACUGGAGAACAAUUCUUUGUCGCUGACGACGACAAGUCAGAAAACAUUGGCAAGACACACAACCACAAGAUUCAAUUUCACUAUUCAAGAUGGAGAUCGAACGACAGAUGACAAUGUGACUGAUGAUGAAGACAAUGUUAUUCGUAUAUAUUCGUCGUUACAUUAA